AUGAGUGAAACAAAACAUCAAUUAAGAGACGCAUAUUUAAAAAUGAAAUCGCUUCAGGCAGACUUAGAUCAUUUGAGAUUGAUUGAUGGAUAUAUUCAUGAAGAGCAACAAGCCCUUAGACUAGAAUUAUCACGAGCACAAGAAGAAGUCAAAAGGGUUCAAAGUGUACCAUUGCAUAUUGGUCAAUUUGUUGAGAUGGUAGACAAAGACACAGCUGUUGUUACUCUUUCUAGUGGAACAACACAGUUUGUUCGUAUUUUAUCUACUAUUAACAGAGAACUUCUUAAACCAGGAACAUCUGUUGCACAUCAUAAACAAUCAAACGCUUUAGUUGAUGUAUUACCACCAGAGGCUGAUAGUGCCAUUAGAAUAUUGUCCAAAGGAGAAACACCUAAUGUAACAUAUGCUGAUAUUGGAGGGUGUGAUAUUCAAAAACAAGAAAUUAGAGAAGCUGUAGAACUUCCAUUAACUCAAAGUGAGUUGUAUAAACAAAUUGGUAUUGAUCCACCACGUGGUUGUUUGUUAUAUGGACCACCAGGAACUGGAAAAACUAUGUUAGCUAAAGCUGUUGCACAUCAUACCUCGGCAUCUUUUAUCCAAAUUGUUGGAUCUGAAUUUGCACAACAAUAUCUUGGAGAAGGUCCAAGAAUGGUUAGAGACGUUUUUAGAUUAGCACGUGAAAAUGCACCAUCUAUUGUAUUUAUUGAUGAAGUUGAUUCCAUUGCCACAAAACGUCAUGACGCACAAAAUGGAGCUGACCGAGAAGUUCAAAGAGUUUUAUUGGAGUUGUUAACUCAAAUGGAUGGGUUUGAUCAAACAACUAAUGUAAAAGUAAUUAUGGCAACAAAUAGAGCUGACUCAUUAGAUCCAGCAUUAUUAAGACCUGGAAGACUUGAUAGAAAAAUUGAAUUUCCAUUACCAGACAGAAGGCAAAAGAGGUUAAUCUUCCAAGUGCUUACAUCUAAAAUGAACCUUUCUAAAGAAAUUGACCUAGAAGAUUAUGCUUCACGUCCUGAUAAAAUCAGUGGUGCAGAAAUAGCUUCUAUUUGUCAAGAAGCUGGUAUGCAUGCAGUAAGAAAGAAUAGAUAUAUUAUCCUUCCAGCUGACUUUGAGAAGGCUUACAAGAAAGUUGUUAGAAAACAAACACAAGCAAUGGACUUUUACAGAUAA